AUGAAGGAUAUAAUCAGCGACGGGUUAAAAGUGAUUAGUAGUAUCGCCGCCCUCGCCGGUAGCGUCUUCAAUUCUGCUCUUCACUUAGUAAAUAGUCCUUCUCCCUCCUCUCCUGCUUCCGCCUCUCCAUCAACACUACCAGCAUCUUCAUACACCAAUCCCCAAAGGGCAGCAAUGCAUGUUCCAAACCCCCACGACUAUGAUACAGGCGGGGAUAUGGGCCGCAAUGAAACGCACCAUACACUCCAUUCCUCUGGUGCAACAGCCAUGAUGGGCGGACCUAAUAAAGUUUUGUUCUUUUUGACUUUGAUAGUAGGGUUAUGGAUGGUUUGUCAGAUGAUUACGCCUGUUCAUGCUGGUGUUAUUAAACGACAAGGUGAUGAGGAGGAACAGACGGGGACUAGUACUAGUACCGAGACAGUGACGGAGACCGAAGGACCCGGUGCGUUUACGUAUUAUCAGUUGAAUGGGGAUGGAACUACUGAGACUCCAGUGGUUCAGGAGGGUCCACCGGAGAGUAGUGGUGGUGCUCAUACUGGUGGGCGAGGGGAGCAUACGACUGUUUUUCCCAGCACUCAUGAUGGAACAGUACAUAACCAUGUCAGUGUUGUUACUGAACCCGAGACAACGGAGUUUAUUACGGAUAUAGUGAUUGAAACUGAUAUUGUUACUAUUACUAUAUCUGAUCUGGAGGCGACGGAUGGUGAGGGUGGAUUUCAGACCUCGGUUGUUACGCAUACGGGGACAUGGUAUCAUACACAUUUACCGAAUGAGGAGGCGCACACAGCAAGUUGGACGCACAAACAUACUGUUACUGGACCACCAGGGAGUGGAGAGACUAGUAGCCAUGGAGGGGGAGGAGAAGCGGAAGAUAAAGAUAAAGAUGGACAUUGGCCGGGAGAUCCAGAUGGAGAAUGGGAUAAAGACGGCGAUGGUCAUGGACCACCGGGAGGACCUGGGACAGGUGAUGGUACAAACCCCAAUGAUGACGAUGGAGACGGACAUUGGCAGGGUGAUCCGGAUUCAGAGUUUGAUAAAGAUGAAGAUGGUCAUGGGCCCCCCGGUGGUCCGGAGACUAAUCCGAAGGAUGAAGAUGGAGAUGGACACUAUCCUGGGGAUCCGGAUAUCAAGUGGGAUGAAGAUGGGGAUGGACAUGGACCGCCUGGUGGAGCGGGGACGGGGACGGGGACGAAUCCGAAAGAUGAUGAUGGGGAUGGACAUUGGCCUGGGGAUGGGGAUGGGAAGUGGGAUGAUGAUGGGGAUGGGCAUGGGCCACCUGGAGGGCCGGGAACUGGUGAUGGGAAUGAUGAUGAUGAUGAUGAUGAUGAUGAUGAUGAUGAUGAUGACGGUGACGAUGACGAUGAUGAUGAUGGAAAUGAUGAUGGAAAUGAUGAUGAUGAUGGACCAAGUUCACAUCACCCCCAUCCAACCUGCUCAUUCGAUCUUGAGAACCAUACAUCAGACAUCGACGAGCAAAUCCAUCAUUCCACCCACGUUCCAGGCGAAAACACCCUUACCUGGGCCCACGACAUAACCUUAACCUACGAAACCACCAAAACCCUCAUCUUCGGCGGCACCACUUACGAAGACGUAAUAACCUCCACCAUAACCGAAGAAGAGGAAAUAAUUGUCACAUCGAUCACAAAAACCCUAAUAGAGGACGGAGUAACCUACACGGAUGUGGAUGUCUUCACUACCACUAAAUUCGGGGAAAUAGAAGUUUCGACUAUUACAAGGGAAAUCGUCGAUGGUGGGACUACAUACGAAGAGAUUGCGACGGUAACUACUACGGAUUUCCAUUUUGAUCCGGUUACUACUAUUGAUGAGGAGGAGUGGUCGGAUCAUACGAAGACUCACUCGCAUAAUGGGGGUCCGACGGAGUAUUUACCGAAACAUACGCAUCAUCAUACGUUUACUAUUCCGACGACGUAUACAAGUACUAUUACUACCGAUACUUCGGUGAUUUAUACGGAGUGGGUGGGCGCUAUUACUAUUACUUUGUAG